AUGAUGACACGCAAAAAGGUCACAGGAUUGGCUGAAUCGCUCGAUUCUUCUUCCGCUAUGGUUGCGCAUGCGUUGUCUCGUAGCGCAACAAGGAAUUCAUUCGUAUGGAAGAUCAGCAGUGAGGAGGUCACCAUGGUGUUGAUGAAUCCUGUCAUUUCCAAGCUGACCGGUAAACUGGUCGUCCUGGCUAGUGCGUCUCCAAGGAGGCUGGAGAUACUCACCAAUGUGGGUUUACGAUUUGAGGUUGUCCCAUCCUGGUUCAAGGAAACGUUAGACAAGAGGCUCUUCAAAAUGCCCCAUGAGUAUGCUGUGGAGACUGCCAAGCAGAAGGCCCUGGAGGUGGCCAAGAGGAUGCCAUUUAAACACCUGAAAACUCCCGACAUUGUGAUUGGAGCAGACACUGUUGUUACAGUGGAUGGACUGAUUCUUGAGAAGCCAGUGGACAAGCAAGAUGCAUACCGAAUGCUUUCAAGGUUGAGUGGUAAAGAACACAGUGUUUUUACCGGAGUGGCGAUCAUUCUCUGCCAUGAGAAAGAAGGUGAAGAGAUUGAUUAUCAAGUGAUUGACUUCUAUGAGGAGACUAAGGUGAAGUUUGCAGAUCUGUCUGACGAUUUACUCUGGGAGUACAUCAAUAGCGGAGAACCCAUGGACAAGGCUGGUGGCUAUGGUAUCCAGGCUCUGGGUGGUAUGCUGGUGGAGUAUGUCCACGGAGACUUCCUGAAUGUGGUGGGCUUCCCGCUCAACCAGUUCUGCAAGAAGCUGAGUCUCAUCUUCAGCCCCCCAGGCAGCCUGAAACAAAACAGAAUCCAGACCAGCCCCCAAGGCAGCCCUGUCGACACGGCCCCUCCAGCCGAGCCAGCCGCCAGCAGCCCCUCAGGCAGCCCAACCCAUAACGGCCCUCCGGACAGCCAAGGACAAAACAUCCCUCCAGCCAGUACAGCCCACAAUGUGAAACAGGAGGAGAGUGGGUGUGGAGAGGGCGAGGUGCCCUGCACGUUGGUUAACAACCUGUCUAAGUGCUCUGAGAACGGGGAGGCUGAGCCCCAGGGCAUCAGCGACCCUGCAGCACCAGACUUGACCAGCAGGGGCACCAUGCAGAUGCAGAAUGUGAGGGAGCACGAGACGGAAGACAUCAAGGAAAAGUUGAGCAAGAUGAUCGAGCUCAUGGAUGGAUUUAAAGCCUCAAAGGUGUUGUUCACAGCAUCCAAGCUGCGUGUGUUUGACGUGUUAAGGAGCAGUAAGACAGGGGAGCUGCAGGCUGAGGAUGUGGCCCAGGGGAUCAAAGCAUCUUUGAAGGGGACCGAACGCUUGCUGGAGGCCUGCGUCUCUCUGGGACUCCUGCAAAGAACGGGAAAAGAAUACGCAAACACAGCGAUGUCCAGGCAUUUCCUGCUGUCGGACGGUCCCCUCUCUCUGCAGGGGUACAUCCAGCACUGUAACGAACGGGUGUGGCCUCUCUUCACCCACCUGGAGACUGCUGUGAGGGAGGGGACCAACCAGCACGAGAAGGCCUUCGGGAAAACCUCUGAUAACCUUUUCCAGGAUGCCUACUACAGCAGACAUGAAGUGAAGCUGCGAUUCAUGAAGGCCAUGCACAGCAUCGCAAAGGUUUCUGGUAGAGACGUGGCGACGGCCUUUGACCUCUCCAAGUAUAAGACGGCCUGCGACCUGGGCGGAUGCACUGGGGCCAUGGCGUAUGAGUUUGCCAAAGCACACCCGGGGUUGUCUGUGACCAUGUUCGACUUACCCGAAGUCAUUGAGAUGAGCGGUCACUUCCGGCCACAUGACGCAGAUGACAGAGUAUCUUUUGUAGCAGGAGAUUUCUUCAAAGAUGAGCUUCCCAAGGCAGACGUAUACAUCCUGGCAAGAAUUCUCCACGACUGGUCGGAUGAGAAAGUACACAUCUUGCUGAGUAAAAUUGCGAAAGCAUGCAAUCCUGGCUGCUGCGUGCUGGUGAGUGAGAUCUUUUUGGAUGAGGACAGGAAGGGGCCGAGCAGAGGCCUACUUCAGGCCCUCAGUAUGACCGAGGGGAGACAAAGGAGCGCCUCCGAAUACAGCCUCCUACUGAAGAGCCACGGCUUCACCUCAGCGCAAAUCAAACACACACACAACCUCCUGGAUGCCAUCCUGUGUGUCACUGAGUGACUUGGAGACAAACCUUGAAACCAAUAAAGAAAAUAAAUCAAUGAAAUACCUCCCCAGUCGAGAAUCAAACUCUUUCCCCAACCACUAGACACUGAGGCCCUGUUUAAAUACUAAAGGUUCACUGAUCUGACAUGACGCAGGGAUGGGUGAUUGCAAACUGUGCUUACAGCCAUCCUGUCAUGUCAGAUCAACGAUUACUUCAAGAAAGGUAGGAAGGAAAUAUUCAAACAGGGCCUCAUUACAUAUUACUUUUACCCAUCCAUUUCUUGUUGAUCUUCAAAGGGGUCAGGAAGUGUGACUUUUAAUUAAUUAUAAAAAUGGACCACAGUGAAGGCAUUUCUUUCAAACACUGCAAUAUAGACUCUAGCAGAGGUAUGUCUAUGCAGCUGACUUUGAUCUCACAGUAAUCCUUGAAGUCUGUCAUUAAGCCAGCCAGGUCUCCCGUGAUAUAAGUCAGUAUUCGAUGUCCAUCCAUUUCUGAGGACGUAGGGAGAUGACGUGGAAACCGGCCACUGGUGGCAACAGUGAGUGCCGUUACCUUCAAGUAGGUUUUGGUUUUGCUAGGGCAGGGUUUCCCAAACUCGGUCCUCGGGACCCCAAGGGGUGCAUGUUUAGUUUUUUGCCCUAGCACUACAAAGCUGACUCAAAUAAUAAACUAAUCAUCACGCUUUGAUCAUUUUAAUCUGCUGUCCCGAGGACCGAGUUUGGGAAACUUCGUACUAAGGGUGUUGGGGAUGAUGGAUGAGCGUAAGCCUAUCCCGAACCUUAACCCUUACCAUAACCAUUUGGAGAUAAUGCCUGAACUUAACCAUAACAAUUUAGAGUUAAUGCCUAAACUUAACCUUAAUCACUUCAAAAUGUGAUGGUUGGAACAACUUCUAAAUUUGACGUUUGAGAAACAUGGAUGAACUUCUAAUUCUGAGAUUGGGAGAAUUGGUAGCAUAAAACUGUCAUGACAGCAAAGACAACCAACAUGGUUUAACUGACCACUUUCCCAACAUUGUGAGACUUUUGAGACCACCACAACACUUCGUUGUUUGCCGUUUGACAAUUUUCCUGUCUGAAUUGUUUCAAUAAUGAAAUAAAUAUUUUGUCUGAAAUAA